GUAUAAAAACCAGGUGCCAAUAAAUGUUCAUGCAAAUCCUGAAAAGUAUAUUAUUGAAAGUCGCUAUGGAAUGCACACUCUGGAGAUUAAUGCAUGUGAUUUUGAAGACACAGCUCAGUACCGGGUCUCAGCAAUGAAUGUUAAAGGAGAGCUUUCAGCAUAUGCUUCCAUCGUGGUAAAAAGAUAUAAGGGAGAGUUUGAUGAGACUCGCUUCCAUGCUGGAGCUUCCACCUUGCCCCUCAGCUUUGCUGUGACCCCUUAUGGUUAUGCAUCCAAGUUUGAGAUCCACUUUGAUGAAAAGUUUGAUGUGUCUUUUGGGAGAGAGGGAGAGACGAUGAGUCUAGGCUGCCGUGUAGUUAUCUCUCCUGAAAUUAAACGUUUCCAGCCAGAGAUCCAGUGGUACAGAAAUGGAGCACCUGUUUCUCCAUCAAAAUGGGUGCAAACACAUUGGAGUGGAGAGCGGGCAACACUGACAUUUUCUCAUCUCAACAAAGAAGAUGAAGGCCUCUAUACAAUCCGUGUACGAAUGGGAGACUAUUAUGAGCAAUAUAGCGCUUAUGUCUUUGUUCGAGAUGCUGAUGCGGAGAUUGAAGGAGCCCCAGCCUCUCCCUUGGAUGUGGUGUGCUUGGAUGCCAACAAAGAUUAUAUCAUCAUCUCUUGGAAACAGCCAGCUGUAGAUGGAGGGAGUCCUAUUCUGGGAUAUUUUAUUGAUAAAUGUGAGGUGGGCACAGAUAAUUGGUCUCAAUGCAAUGACACACCUGUGAAGUUUGCUCGUUUUCCAGUCACUGGACUGAUAGAAGGUCGUUCCUAUAUAUUCCGAGUUCGAGCUGUGAAUAAAACUGGAAUAGGCCUGCCAUCUCGAGUUUCUGAGCCCGUGGCUGCUCUGGAUCCAGCUGAGAAAGCUAGACUUAAAAGUCGCCCUUCAGCACCCUGGACUGGACAGAUCAUUGUCACUGAAGAGGAACCUACAGAGGGUAUUGUUCCUGGACCCCCCACAGACCUCUCUGUCACUGAGGCCACCCGGAGCUACGUGGUGCUGAGCUGGAAGCCCCCUGGCCAGCGUGGCCAUGAGGGAAUUAUGUACUUUGUGGAAAAGUGUGAGACAGGAACAGAAAACUGGCAGCGGGUCAACACCGAGCUCCCUGUAAAGUCUCCCCGCUUUGCUCUGUUCGACUUGGCUGAGGGGAAAUCCUACCGCUUCCGUGUCCGCUGUUCUAAUUCAGCAGGAGUUGGUGAGCCCUCGGAGGCAACGGAAGGGACCGUGGUGGGGGAUAAACUCGAUAUCCCCAAGGCCCCUAGCAAAAUCAUCCCAAGCAGAGAUACAGAUACGUCAGUGGUCGUCACUUGGGAGGAGCCCAAAGAGGCUAAAGAGCUGGUCGGCUACUACAUAGAGGCGAGCGUGGCAGGCUCUGGCGAGUGGCAGCCCUGCAACAACAAUCCUGUGAAGGGCUCCCGAUUUACUUGUCAUGGAUUGGUGACUGGUCAGAGUUACGUAUUCCGGGUCAGAGCAGUUAAUGCAGCUGGACUUAGUGAAUAUUCCCAGAAUUCAGAAGCUAUUGAAGUCAAAGCUGCUAUUGGGGGAGGAGUGUCUCCAGCUGUGUGGCCUGAAGUGAGUGCUGUGCCUGGUGGACUAGCAGACUCCAGGGGGGGCGUGCAUGAAGCCUCCCCGCCAGCUUUGCAGAAAGAUGCCUGGCUCGGUAGCAAACUUAGCAAAGCUUCACUACCCAGUAGCUCUCAUAAGCUGGGCCAAGCAGGCGUGAGUAAAGUAAGUGACCCAGCUCAGGAAGAGCUUACCCCAUCACCACAGAAAGCAGCUCCUCAGGGGGAAAGUAAGUCUGACCCCCUGAAAAAGAAGAAGGACAUAGCGGCACCAUCUCCACCCUCUGAUAUCACCUGUCUUGAAAGUUUUCGUGACUCAAUGGUUCUUGGAUGGAAGCAACCAGAUAAUACUGGAGGAGCAGAAAUUACUGGCUAUUAUGUGAACUAUCGCGAGGUAAUUGGUGGGGUACCAGGAAAAUGGAGAGAAGCCAACAUCAAGGCUGUCAGUGACGCAGCAUACAAGAUUAGCAACUUGAAGGAAAACAUGGUGUAUCAGUUCCAAGUGGCAGCCAUGAACAUUGCUGGGUUGGGAGUGCCCUCUGCAGUAAGCAAGUGCUUCACCUGCGAAGAGUGGACCAUUGCCGUUCCAGGACCACCGCACAGUCUCAAGUAUAGUGAGGUCAGGAAAAAUUCCCUGGUUCUCCAGUGGAAGCCCCCACUUCACUCUGGGCGGACUCCAGUCACUGGUUACUUUGUGGACAUGAAGGAGGCAAAAGCCAAAGAUGACCAGUGGCGAGGACUCAACGAGGCGGCUAUUAAAAGCAACUACCUGAAGGUGCAAGGGCUGAAGGAGGGAGUCAGCUACGUGUUCCGCGUCCGAGCUAUAAACCAGGCAGGAGUCGGAAAGCCGUCUGACCUCGCUGGCCCUGUUGUAGCAGAAACCCGUCCAGGAACCAAAGAGGUUGUUGUAAACGUGGAUGAUGAUGGAGUCAUUUCAUUGAACUUUGAAUGUGAUCAAAUGACUCCAAAGUCUGAGUUCACCUGGUCCAAAGAUUAUGUGUCCACUGAGGACUCCCCACGAUUAGAAGUCGAAAGCAAGGGCAACAAGACGAAAAUGACCUUCAAAGACCUCGGACCAGAUGACUUGGGGAUUUACUCUUGCGAUGUAACAGACACUGACGGAAUAGCAUCAAGCUACUUGAUAGACGAGGAAGAAUUGAAACGUUUACUUGCUCUCAGCCAGGAACACAAGUUCCCAACUGUCCCCAUUAAGUCAGAGUUGGCAGUUGAAAUUUUGGAGAAAGGACAAGUCCGGUUUUGGAUGCAGGCUGAGAAGCUGUCUGGCAAUGCCAAAGUCAACUAUAUAUUUAACGACAAAGAAAUUUUUGAAGGGCCGAAAUAUAAGAUGCAUAUUGACCGAAACACUGGCAUAAUUGAAAUGUUCAUGGAGAAGCUACAGGAUGAGGAUGAGGGAACAUAUACAUUCCAGAUUCAAGAUGGAAAAACAACUGGCCAUUCUACUCUGGUUCUCAUUGGAGAUGUUUAUAAAAAGCUCCAGAAAGAAGCUGAAUUCCAGCGGCAAGAAUGGAUCAGGAAACAAGGUCCUCAUUUUGCCGAGUAUUUGAGCUGGGAAGUGACUGGUGAAUGUAAUGUACUAUUGAAAUGCAAGGUGGCAAAUAUUAAGAAGGAGACUCAUAUUGUGUGGUACAAAGAUGAAAGGGAGAUAUCAGUGGAUGAAAAGCAUGAUUUUAAGGAUGGUAUAUGUACCCUGCUUAUAACAGAGUUUUCCAAGAAAGAUGCUGGCAUUUAUGAAGUUAUCCUGAAAGACGACAGAGGAAAAGAUAAGAGCAGAUUGAAGCUUGUGGAUGAAGCCUUUAAAGAACUGAUGACUGAAGUAUGCAAAACAAUUGCUUUGUCUGCUUCAGACCUGAAAAUCCAGAGCACAGCUGAAGGCAUCCGGCUGUACUCUUUUGUUACUUACUACCUGGAUGAUUUGAAAGUGAACUGGUCCCACAAUGGGACUGCUAUUAAGUACACAGACAGAGUUAAGAGUGGGGUCACCGGGGAGCAGAUCUGGCUGCAAAUCAAUGAGCCCACUCCGAAUGACAAAGGGAAAUACGUAAUGGAGCUCUUUGAUGGCAAAACUGGACACCAGAAGACAGUGGAUCUCUCUGGACAAGGUAUACAAAUAUUCUGCCUGUAUGGAGGAGUAUCUGAAAAACAAGCUGCCAUUGCUGAGAAAAAUCGUGCCCGGGUACUGGGCGGCCUCCCCGACGUGGUCACCAUCCAGGAGGGCAAGGCCCUUAAUCUCACCUGCAACGUGUGGGGCGACCCCACUCCGGAGAUCUCCUGGCUGAAGAACGAGAAGGCCCUGGUCGCCGAUGAGCACUGCGUCCUCAAGUUCGAGUCCGGCAGGACUGCCUACUUCACCAUCAACGGCGUGAGCACUAACGACUCGGGCAAGUAUGGGCUGGUCGUGAAGAACAAGUAUGGUUCGGAGACAAGCGACUUCACUGUCAGCGUGUUCAUCCCGGAGGAGGAGGCCAGGAAGGCCAUCUUGGAGUCCCAGAAAGGCGGCCAGAAAUCCAAGUGACCGGCCCAGCAGGUCACGAGGGGAGCAAGGAGAGGCGGCCACUGUGCCCCUGUGCGUGAUCUCGAGUGGUCGGGGCAAGGGUCAGGAGGCCUCUGUGCUGUCCUCUGUUUUGUGCUGGCUUGGGAGGGAAACUGUCAAGUCUUUUAUUUAUAUAAAAAAGCACCAGUUAAUGACA